AUGCUCCAACAUUAUCUUGGAUCGAAAGAGCAUAUCCAACGGGCUCACCUUGAAGCUGAGCUUCCUGGAACCCUACUCCAAGACGCUCUGGCCGUUGCAAAUUUCCCUUCGAAGAACCGACUCUUACACAUCGAGAAAUGGAGUAAAGGACACCUUCCGAACCCAUUCCUACACCGCGAUUCGGCUACCAUCGAUCGACUUGACAGGCUCUACGCUCAACUUGAGAUAUACAUUGAGGACUAUAUCACAAAGGCCACAUCGAUCUUCCCGCCUCGCGCUUAUAUGUGUAUCCCAAACCCUUACUCCAAUGCCAACCAGCUGCAGUUUAGAGGUAACCCAAUUGGCAUCGAUAUCCUCAGGGUUGAUUCGCUCACAGACGUUGAGAGAAAUCGCCUAUUCCGAGCAUUUAUCAGAUAUGAGCUGGCAUCUAAAGCACGUGGUGAUGAACUCUCGGGGUCGGUUACCUCAGCUUUCAAGAACUUGAGCCACGGGGAGGCUGAAGGACUUCGAUGCGUUCACUAUUAUAUGAGGGACCUUUGUGGUGGUGUUUUCGCUCAUCAUGCCAAUUCUCGACUUCCCGACAUACCAGCGAAAACAGCCGCGGAGAAAGGCAAUUUAAACCCAGAGGGCGGAUUGAUAUUCCCUAAUAAUAUAUGGUUUUCGCCUGACACAUUUUUGAGGGAUGCAUUUGCUAAGAAACAAGUACCGCGUCAACUUGGAUUCCUUGGAUUUAAUCUGAUGACUCGGCUUCUUAGCGGCCCCAGAGACAACAGGGGAUGUCCGAUACGGUUGAUGGCUGAGAUACCCAUGCGCCUACAGCAAUUGGAUUGGACUAGGGUUCCGCUAACGUCUGAUAUCUUCGAAGAAGGAGAAUACUCCUCUCCGCUACAUGACAGACAAUGGGACGAUUGGUCAGAGGUCGGCCAAGCACUCCGGGACAACGGUAGCAUCACAUUCGCUUAUGGGAUGCAGAGAUUUUCUGUUUAUUCUGCCCUACAGAGGAAAAUCUACCGACAAAGAGCAUGGGCAUUUUUCGAUCGUGCUGACUAUUAUCCGGAUGGUAGUGUAUCUCGACAUUUUCCAACCCUGCGUCAGCUUAACGGUGGGUUAAGAACUUGA